UUAUUUUUAACUUAUUUGAUUAUAACAGAAUGUUUGAGAGCGGUAAACUUCAUAUAACUAAGCGAACAGGUUAACCACAUAUUACAGCUCGCCUGUACUCCAACAAAUCCAAAACUUUGAGUUUUAAGUGAUCAUGUUUUUUUCCAGCCCCAAAAUAAAAACAAAACGUUUGUAGUCUUAAAUCAACAGUCAUCAAAAUAAAUGCAGUGACAUCACUAAAGUGGGAGUGGCCUGUCAUAGCUUUCUCUCUGGCUCCGCCUCCUCCUGUGUGGCACUGCUCACCCCUCAUACCUCCCCCCUGUUUGUUUUAAAACCCGCACCGGGAACCGCACUCAGCAGACCGCCAGACGAGGCUGCACCGCACGAGCUGCUGGACCUGCUCACAUACCUGCAGAAAACUGAAACUUUGUUUACCUUGUCUGUGUCAUCAUGUGGUCGUUUUUUUGUGACAUAUUGAACAUGCAUCUGGGAUUUAUCUUGAACAUGUGGAGCAGUAAUGAUCAAACAGAGAAGAUGAUGAUCCUCUUCAGUUAGAUCAGAUACUCCCUCCUCCGGCCUCCACCAUGAGCCUCCCCUCCAGCUCUCUUGAAGGGGCGGAGUUCUACAGCCGCAGCACCUCCCCGGUGUCUCUGGACUCCAGUGUUUUCUUCAGCGAGACGACGGCGUCCUGCGUCACCGACUUCUUCAUCGUCAAUGUCGGAGGGAGUCGCUACGAGCUGUCUCAGGAGCUGCUGGCGUCCUUCCCGGAGACUCGACUCGGGAAACUGGCGUGCUGCAGCCGAGACUCGGCGCUGGAGCUGUGCGACGACGCCGACCUGCUGGAGAACGAGUUCUUCUUCGACCGAAACUCUCAGACCUUCCAGUAUGUGAUGAACUACUACCGGACGGGUCACCUGCACGUGAUGGAGGAGCUGUGCGAGGUCUCCUUCCUGCAGGAGAUCGAGUACUGGGGCAUCGACGAGCUCCGCAUCAAGUCCUGCUGCCGCGACCGUUACUACCGCCGGAAAGAGCAGAAGGAGUCGCUCGACGCACGGCAAGAGUUCGAGGCCGAGGACGCAGAGGACGCCGAGGACUUUGUCGGCGCCGCCUGCCCGGCUCUCCGGCGGCGCCUUUGGGACCUGCUGGAAAAACCGGAGUCAUCCCGAGCCGCUCGCACCUUCGGCUCGCUCUCGAUGUUCUUCGUGGUCGUGUCCGUCGUCAACAUGGUGCUGAUCUCGCUCGACCUGGAGGAGGACGUGGGUUUGAGCGGCGCCGCUGCCCCGCUGCUGUUCGACGCUCUGGAGUACGUGUGCGUGCUGUGGUUCACCGGCGAGCUGGCGCUGCGGUUCCUCUGCGUGAGGGACAAGUGGCGCUUCAGUCGGAGCAUUCCCAACGUGAUCGACCUGCUCGCCAUCCUGCCGUUCUACGUGACGCUGGCGGUGGAGAACCUUCACGGGGGGAGCACGGAGCUGGAGAACGUGGGCCGCGUGGUGCAGGUGCUCCGCCUCCUGAGGUCGCUCCGCAUGCUGAAGCUGGGACGACACUCCACAGGUCUGAAGUCUCUCGGUCUGACCAUCGCUCAGUGCUACGAGGAGGUCGGCCUGCUGCUCCUCUUCCGCGUCGGCAUCUCAAUCUUCGCCACCGUGGUUUUCACCCUGGAGCACGACUUUCCCGCCUCCACCUUCAGCAGCGUGCCCGUCGCAUGGUGGUGGGCGACCACCUCCAUGACCACAGUCGGGUACGGAGACAUCCGACCCGACACGGCGAUGGGAAAGGUGCUCGCCUUCCUCUGCAUCCUGUCGGGGAUCCUGAUCCUGGCGCUCCCCAUCGCCAUCAUCAACGAGCGCUUCUCCGCCUGCUACUUCACGCUGAAGGUGAAGGAGGCGGCCACGAGGCACGGCGAGAUGCUGAAGAGGCUGGCCCGCGGCUCGGUGGGCGGGGUCAGUGUGGGAGCGGGCGUGAACCUGAGGGACGCCUACGCCCGCAGCGUGCUGGAGAUGUUGAAGCUGCACGGGCGAGAGAGGGCGAGCACGCGGAGCAGCGGAGGAGACGAGCUGUGGUGGUGACCUCCUCGACCCAAAAGGGGGAUAAAGACCCCUGGACCCUGGCCAAAAAGAACGAUGAUGUCGAGGUACCUUACGAUGGGUCGUCGCUCUCGGUACCUCCCCCUAAAAACGACCUUAAAAACAGAAUUCAUGUAAAGAAAACUAAAGAGCGGAUACAGGACGAGCGGCGGUCUCCA